GUGGGCAAGGGGAGGGGAGGGGGAGUGAAUGAAGCACUCAGACGCCAGAAGAGGAAGCUGAUGAACACAAGUCUAUCUGAGGGAGAGCUGCUCAAACAUGAUCUCUCUGAUAUCCAGGACCUCCGUGUUUGGCUUGUUGUGGGCUCUGGUAUUCGGACAGAUCCCAGAACCACAAAACGUGCACUUUGAUUUUGUCGAUUCAAAGCGUAUCCUCAAAUGGGACUCUGUAUUUUAUCAAGGCAAUUUAGUAACAUACUCUGUUCAAAGAACUUUCGAAAGCAAUGACAAUCGAAGUUGGCUGGACGUGCAUAACUGUAUGCUGACCACUGAAACAAGAUGUAAAUUGUUGAACAAUGUCAAUGUGACUUGCAACCUAAGAGUGAGAGCAGAACAUGGAAAUGAAACCUCAAACUGGGUUGAAGCAGUGGCUGAACCAAAAAAUGUGAGAGUUGAUUCUUUGAAUAAAAAGCAUGUUGUCAAAUGGGAUCCAGAUGUUUACCAACUUGGCUCAGUGACCUAUUCUGUCGAGUACCAAGGAAAUUAUGAAAGAUUGCACAAUGAAAGUUGGUCAGAAGCACAGAACUGUACACGUAUUACUGAAACGGAUUGUGAUUUGUGGGACAGUUUGGCUUUCUACGCAAAGUAUUUUCUAAGAGUGAGAGCAGAACUUGGAAGUGCAACAUCACCUUGGGUUGAAAUACCAGCCUUUUAUCCAUAUAAAGACACUGUGUUUGGGCCUCCAUCAGUUAAUGUGUUGUCCGAGGCAGGUUUACUACAUGUCGCUAUUAAAGGGCCAUUCACUGAAAAUGACCACCCUCUGAGCAAUGAUUAUGAGGAUUUUGCUUACCAUAUAUUCUAUUGGAAAGAAAGUGAAGAUGGAAAUAUAAAAAUGAAUAACAAAUCUGUUACAUCAUCAACUGUUUUGUACAAUCUCCAACCAUGGACCAGAUACUGUUUGAAAGUACAGGCCUAUUCUAAGGCGAGUUCUAAACAAGGACUGUUCAGUCCUGUGAUUUGUGAAGAUGUCAAUGCUGAUACUAGGAGAAGAGCUUUGGCAAUGGCACAGAUCCUUUUUGUAACACUGCUUGCUGUUUUGAUGGUAACAUUGGGCUGUUUCUUCUUUGUGAUCUAUGCUCGCAAAGCCAUUAAAUAUUUAAUGUAUCCUUCCUACAGUCUUCCAGUACACAUAAGAGAGUACUUGACUGAGCCAUCCCAACAACCGAUGCUUGGAACACUGACUAAGGAAGACCUGCGUGAAGAGCACUGGGACAAGCUCUCCAUUGUCUCACAGUCUGAAAUUCCUUCGAUAUUACCAAAUUCGACUAAAACUGAUGGUUCAAAGUCAAACAAGAAUGAAACCACAUCUGGUGGGAAAAUACUUAAUGAAGAAGAUGAUGUGCAAAGCAGUCAGUCAAGUGUAGAUUCUGGACAUUAUUCCAAUAGUACGGAAAAUUCUGCCCAUAAAACUCCACAGAGUUUGAGAAGAAACACCUAAACCAUUGCAAUUAAAAGACGAUACGGAUUUAGCAGACUAACAUUAGGUUCCCUCGGCCUCCUGAAAUUGACUUUGUGGUAUACUAAAGACUGACACACUCACAAAGGGAAAUGGAACUGAGAAUCUCUGUGAUCAACAUUAUUUUCAGUACUGAACAACAGACAUUUGGGAGCUAAUGGGAAAGCAUAAAUAGCUUCCAGGUAUUAACAUUUUAAUUCAUAGGACUGCUGAGGGUACUAAAUAGUCAAGCCACAAUCUAAUUUGAAAACUCAAAUUGGAAAAUUGAAAUAUUUGUGCAAAAUCUUUCUUAACUUAUAGGCAUACUUAACAGAAGGUUGCCCUCCAAGUUAUUCUUUUUAAAAUAGGAACAGGUAAAAAGAGGUGGUUAAAGUGAUAAUGCCUUCUCUAUUAAGCCAGCAGCAGAUGGAAUCCUGGCCCACCUUGACGUGGGGUGAAGGCAAUGUGAGAGUGUUGCAUUCUAGGGCUCGCUAUGGGCCAUGAAGGGGCGGCAAGUGUCAAUGGCACUUCCCCAACAUUGUAUGCCCUCAACAAACUUCUCUUCCACUGGCAAUCAUAAUCACUGGACCCUACAUGGCCCUAACCUUCCACACACACGCGCACACACACACACACCACGCCGACCUGUCAAAUAAGACCUGCCUUCAAGGUUGCUGGCCUUAUCCUCCAGACACAGUGCCACCUCUAACGGCUAUGGGUGGUGGUACUGCUGAGCUGCUGGCCCCCUGCUUGGGGCCUUCAUGUGGCAGCAGGCCUGACUAGAUGAGCCACUUAACUGGCCACAAACGGAAAAGUGGGGAAACCCAUUUGCCUUCCAUCUUCAUACCCGAUGGCAGAUCAUAUACCAUUUCCACAAAACCUGACUCCACCUUUCCACAUCUCUCCAAGGCACUGUCUGAACAGGACACCUCCUGAAACAAUUUCCACCAAGUUGUUUUAUUUUCAAUGACAGCAUUGUGCAUGUACCUGCACCAAGUGGACUGCAGCAGUUCACAAAGGCAGCUCACCAUUACCUUCUCAAGGCAACUAUGGAUGGGUGAUAAAUGAUGGCCCAGCCAACAACACCCACAUCCCAUGGUUAAAUAAAGCAAAAAGUACAACAUGGAUUGGAAGGUUGAGAGAUUCAAGAUGUUGUCAAGUCCAAGGUUUGUUUAUCUCAGUGAACAGACCCUGUGAAAUAUGCUUUUUUUGGUUCUUUCUUUCAGUGAUAGUCUUUGCAUGUUGUGGAUCGAUGGCUUAAACGAGACCUCCCGGCCUUCUACCAAUGUUGGUAUAUGGGUAACAGAUGUAGUAAGCUGGAUAAAACAUGAAUGACUUCAACCUGAUCUCCUGUUUAUGUGGAGCUAGGAACCAGGUCUCCACUUAGUAUUAACCCUGCUAUUAUGGGUUGGCAAUAUGCAUUUGCCCUACAUAAAGAACAAGUGUCCUUUACCUCAGAUAUUGCACAGCAUUGUCAUUAAGGAAAGGUAUAGCGGUCAUGCUACUGAACUCGCAGUCUGAAGGGAUGUGUUCAAAUGGCAUCUGGGAAUUAAAUUUUGUUGAUGAGGAGACUUGGAAUAAGGAAACCAGUCUCAGUAAUGGUAAAUGGUGAGUGUUGUAAAAACCAAUCUGAUGUUUGUCCUUUAGGGAGGAAAAUUUGCUCUACAAUCUAAUCUGUAUGUGAAACAAAACCUGUAACAAUGUGGUUAACCCAUAACUGCCCUCCUAUUUUGACUGAACAGUCCUCCCAGAUAUUAGCAACAGGAUAUAUUGGUAACACGCAUAUCCCUGAUUUAAUGAAAUAAUUUAUAAAAUUGACAUAUAAAACAAUAGAAUAUUUUGACUAUUGUGUUUAUAGUUAGGUCUAUUGAAGAAUUAAAAUUUCUUUGGAGAGAUAUUUCACUGCUGUUAAACUUUAUAUCGUCCAUAAUAUGCUAUUUACAAUGCGUACAAAUUUACUGGCUUCACUUUCCACAGCCAUUCUCUUUUCACUUCGAUAUUAAAUUUGGCACAUGUACUACUCAAGUUAGUCAGAACAAUUCAAUUAAGAAAACUUUCAUUCUGUGCUAUUUUAACACGCUUCAUGUCCAUUGGCUGAAAUGAGACUUACAGUAUUAUUAACAGUAACUGGCACUGAAUAUGUAUUAUUAAGCCAUUGUCUAGGUAGGUACUUGGGGAAAGUGGAUUUUAUAGACUCACCAUGUAAAUUACCUUUGUUAAAAUUUAAAAAAGGUAAAUUUGUUUUACACACAAUCAUUUUUUAUUGAAUAUGGAAAUAACAUUUAUUCAACUGGAUUAUUAGUUGCUGAUGUGAGCAUUAAAAUAUGUUUACUAAAUAAAAAACACAAAUAACUUCGGCAGUAAUCACUCUUUCAACAGUUCUGUUUGGAAGCUCAGUUAAUUUGGAAGAAAAUUACGUUAUGACAUCAACAUUUUCAGUAUUUAGUGGCCUACUUGCUCUAGCAAACACAAACCACAGACGUGAACUUGUGUCUUAAGUAUCAUCUUUAGGUUGUUUUUCAUUACUGAGAAAGUUUUUGCCACUCAUGGGCUCCUAGAUUGAUCCCUGCAUGGAUACUUCCUGCUAUUUUGUCAAUAAGGUUAAAUGAAACUGGGUAAGGGAAAACUCAGAGCAUAAACAAUCAGCAAAGGUCAGUCGGGUCAGACAAUUCAGUUUUGUGCUCAAUAUCUUUUGCAGUCAAUAGCUUCUUACAGAUGUAAAUUGUUUAGCCACAGAGACCAGUUCAGUGGGUCAGACUGUCUCAGAUUCCCAAAUGAAAUGGGAAACAGUAGUAAAUGGUGGCAAAACAGAGGUGCAUUUAGGAAAAUUAUGCAAAAUUUAAAAAGAACAUUUUUUAAAAAUUGUGUCAAUGUGAAAACUUGUAGUUGACUUCACCAACUCAGCACAACUCUCUUCACUAUUUUAUGAUUUUUUAUUUUUACUGGGAUUCAGAAUCUACAUAUUCAUGAAAACUGACGUUUAUUGUAGUUAAUUAUACAAUAUUGAUAACAUAGAAGAAGGCCAGUCGCUCCAUUGUGUUUUUGCUAACCCCCUGAAGGAGCAAUUCAACUUUGAAAAUUAUGCUUUCUCCCCAUAGCCCUGCAAUUAGUGAUCCAACUCAUUUUUGAAUGACUCUGCACAAUGAGGCAAUGAAUUCCAGAUCCUAAUCACUCACUGUGUAAAAAUAUUACUCCCCAUGUAGCUAUUGCUUCUUUUGCCAGUAGCUUUAAAUCUUUGCCCUCUGAUUCUCAAUUCUUCCAUCAAUAGGAAUAAUGUGACCGUACCUGACCUGUUAAGAUCCCUUCUGAUUUUGAACAUCUUCAUAAAUUCAUUUGUCAUUUUUCUCAGCAUCCUAACUUCUCCAAUCUUUCUAGGUAAUCAAAUUUUCUCAACCUGGAAGCAUUCUUGUGAAUCUUUCUCUGCAACCUUUCUAAUAUUUUCAGAUCCUUCCUACAGUGUUAUGCUAAGAACUGCUCCAGGUGAUGCUGAAGCAAUGUUCUUGUUUCUAUUUGUUCAUGGAAUAUGGACGUUGCUGACGAAAUCAGUAUUUAUUGCCCAUCCCUAAUUGCCUUUGGGAAUGGUGAUCAUCCUCCUUCAAUUGCUAUAGGCUGUGAGGGGUAGAUGCACCCACAGUGCUGUUCGGAAGGGAGUUCCAGGGUCUGGACUCAGUGACAGUGAAGAAUCAACAUGGUGUAUAACUUGGAAGGAAACUAACAAAUAAUAUUAUUCCCAUGCACAUCUGCUGCCCUGUCCUUCUAGUUAGUUAAAGUUGGUCAUUUGAAUGGUGCUGUUAAAGGAACCUUGAUGAGUUGGCACAUUGUGUCUUGUAGAUGGUACACACUGCUGCCAUUGUGCAUUAGUGGUGCAGGAAGGGAAUGUUGAAGGUUGUGGAUAGAUGCCAAUCAAGUGGGCAGCUUUCUCUGAAAUGAUAAAGCUCUUUAGUGCUGUUGGAGCUGCAUCCCAUCCAAACGAGUUGGGAGUAUUCCAAGACACUCCUGACUUAUGUCUUGUCGCUGGUGAGCAGGCAUUCAGGAGUUCAGCAGGUAAGUUGCUGUUUUAUAUAGAUCAUGGCAAAUGGAUCAUCAUCAUAAAGGAAUGGGCAAUAAAUGUUUUGCCAGUCAGCAAAGCGCACAUUCCUGAAUUUAUUUUUUUAAAGAUCAGUGGUUGUAGCGAUUUUUCUAAUAUCACAUCUGAAAAAAAUGCAUUUCAUUAUUGUAAAACACUGUCAAUUCAUAAGUUGCUUGUGUCUUGUCUUAAAUAAUGAAGAGUUUCCACUCAUGUUACUGUUUAGGAGCAAAGAUUGUUCAGUUGAUAACUGUUUCCCUGCUACUGAUAUCUACUACAGCUUACACCUUUACAAGGAAGUGUGAGGUUAGAUGUUUAGGACUUGAUUUUAUCAACUGAAAAUGUAAAUACUGAGUUAAGACACAGAGCAUUGUUUUAGAUCUUUGUGGAAGAAAUAAGUGACAAUGGAAUUGCACACAUUUAUGUGUGAUUUAUGUUAAAAGAAUUUGGAUAAUGUCAUAAACUAGGAAAGUGAACAUUCACCUUUUAUGAUCAUUCAAACUAUGUUCAUUAUUAUCUUAAAACAAACUGCAGAUGCUGGAAAUCUGAAACAAUUUGCUGGAGGAACUCGAGAUCUGGCAGCAUCUGUGGAGUAUUCUAAAGAAGGGUCACUGAACUCAAAUCAUUUGCUCUGUUUUCUCUCCACAGAGUCUGCCAAACAUGCUGAGUUUCUUCAGAAAAUCCUGUUUUUGUUAACAUACAUUAGUUCUUUGCAUACAGGUAUCUUAACAUUAGACUUUGACAAUUGUUAUUUUAUAAAUUUGCAAUCUGGUAUUUUCAAACUCGUGGAAGGUUCAACUCAGUAAAAUUAAGUAAAACUGUUUCGUCAAGUGUUCAGCCAAUUAUGGUGAACCAUGUCACAUUUCAUUUACUGUGGAAAUAACAAUCCCUGUGUUUUGUAAUAGCCACUGUUAAUAUAUCACCACUAGUUCAACGAACAUCUCAUAUGCAGGUACCUUUGUGAAUACCAAUCAGGAGUACAAACAUUUUUGUCUUCAUGCUUCCAUUUUGAUGUAUGAGCUUUCAAAAAUUGUAAUUUUUCAUCCAUUUAUGUCUUUCAUUUGUUUUUUCUGAAUGUGAAAGUAAUUGGAAAUAAAGACUGUUUGACUCAU